UCUGUGUUCUGUACAUUGUCAUUCAACCGGCUCUGUGUGAUGCCUUUAGAAAAUGAUUAUGACUCUGCAUUGUUGUGCAAGACUGAGGGAGUAGCUCUGUACUCAUGAAUAAAGCCUUCCUAUAGAAGAGAGGCUGCAACCAAAGAAAAGAGCAAGAGGAAAGAGAGGAAGAAGAGAGAGAGAGAAAGAAAGAAAGAAAAGAGAUGGAGUCACAGGGCGAAGCGUACCCUCCCUUUUCGGUCUCAACUGGUGGUGAUGAGAGUAUGCAAGGUGUUAUGCAGAAGGAGUUGAACCACUCAACCAGUGCUCCCCCUCUUCCAGAACUUAGGCUAGUCCUGCUGGGAAGGAAAGGAACAGGGAAGAGCUCUGCAGCCAAUACCAUUCUGGGAGGAAUAGGGGGGUUUGAGAGCGGCAGACCAACCGAGGAGUGCUCGAAAAAGCGAGCCGAUCUAACCGGGAGACGAGUCACCGUGGUAGACACCCCUGGCUGGGAAUGGUACUACCCGCUCAACAGCACCCCCGACUGGGUCCGGAGAGAGACAUUGCGCAGCAUGUCCCUGUGCUCCCCCGGACCUCACGUUAUCCUGCUAGUGAUACGUUCCUGCGCCUCGGUAACAGAGUCCUACAGGAAGCAAAUAGAGGAGCACCUGGAGUCUCUGGGGGAAGGGGUGUUGGACCAUACCAUGUUGCUGUUCACCAGGGGCGACGAGCUGGGUGUGGUGCCCAUGGAGCAGAGGAUCCUGACGGGUGGGGCUGCCUUCCAGCAGCUGCUACGGAGGUGUGGGAACAGGUACCAUAUCCUGGACAAUAAGAGCCGGGGAGACGGAACUCAGGUAAGGGAGCUACUGAGGAAGAUGGUGGAGAUGGUGGAGAACAAGGGAGGACAUUUUGGGGCAGAUCCUGCCCUCCUGAGGUUGGAGGCAGACGGGAGGAGGAGAGCGAGGGAACGGCGGAAGAGGCAGAGACAGAUGGAGGCCCAGACUCAGAGGGGUACCAUCAGAGCUGUGCUUAUGAAUGACGCUGGAUCCCAGGGCUCUGAUUGGGAUGGGAAACAACCAUUCUCCAAGGGUACUCGUCGUCUCCCAGAGCUGAGACUGGUCCUCCUGGGAGAGAGAGAGACGGGGAAGAGCUCGGCUGGGAACACCAUACUGGGUGGAGGUGGAGAAGCAGCAGGGUUCUUCCAGACAGGGAGAGUGACGGAGGAGUGCGCCCGGUGCCAAGCAGAGGUAGCCAUGAGGCUGGUCACCGUGGUGGACACCCCCGGUUGGGAAGGUGGAGUAGCAGGCCCCACCCCAGAGAGGGUAAAGCGGGAGAUGGUGUGGGGUAGCGUGUCCCUGUGUCCCCCGGGACCCCACGCUGUGCUCCUCACCCUGAGGGUGGACACCCUGGUCGGUUCCACACCUGUAAGAGAACACCUGGAGCUCCUGGGGGAAGAGGUCUGGAGGCAUGCUGUCCUCCUGUUCACCCAUGGGGAUCAGCUGAGGGAGGGGGUGGGCAUUGAGCAGCACAUCCAAAGCGGGGGGAGGGACCUUAAGUGGCUGGUGGAGAAGUGUGGGAGCAGGUACCACGUCAUCAGUAAUCUGAAUGGAUGUGGGGACGCCGCUCAGGUGUCAGGCCUGCUGGAGAAGGUCGAGAAGAUGGUGGCCGGGAACAGGUGCGAGGCCUUCUCGUCGCUAGUGCAGGAGGUCAGCGACCUCACCAGACAGAGGAAUGAGAAAUCCAACCAGCGUCUCAAAGAGGUUGGUGACAAGAUGCAGCGUCAGGAGAUGGAGCUCAAGAGGAUGAGGGAGAGGGAGGUCAAGAGCAUCCGCUGGUUUUUCGAUCGGAAGAAGAAAGUUAAAUCUCCGGGGAAGUCAGGCGUGGAAAAAGAGGAGGAUGGAGGGGAGGAGGAGGAAGAGAAAAGGAGUGAUGGGAGGAAGAACGAAAUGGGCGAACUGGAGGAGAGGAUUAGGUGGCUGACAGAGGAUAAGGAGAGAGAGAUUCAGGAUCUGGCCGCGGAAAACUACAGAUUCAUCGCUGCGCUCGAUCAGAGAAGCAGAGAGCUAGAGGAGAUAGUCAUCAAGCGAGAGGAGAAAGAGAGAGAGAUUGAAGAGCUGAACGAGAGAGUUGAUGAGCAGCAAGUGAAACUGCUCGACCUUGAGCAUGUCGUCGAGGAGAAAGAACGAGAUAAAAAAGAGAGGGAGGAAGAGUUUAGAGGAAAGCAUCAGGAAUGGAGGAGGGAAGCAGAGGAGUUGAAAGACAGGAUAGCCCUGGAAGAAAAAGAAAAAGAGGAAUGGAUAGAAAGAGGAAAAACGUCACAGAACGAGAUGUAUGAGUCAAAACAGUUGUAUGAGGAGAGACGUUUACAGUAUGAGGAAGAGAUGCAGAGAAAACUGCAUGAAAAAGAGGAAGAGAUGGAGAGAAAACUGCAUGAAAAAGAGGAAGAGAUGGAGAGA